CAUAGCAGCAGCUCAUCGUCAUCCGAACCCUAAUUCAGACCCUGAACCCACCAGAUCCCCUUCAUCACACACCAUUAUUGUGUGACUUUGCCGUUUGAAAUUCCAUUAAAUUCUUGCAAAAACCUUAUCAUUUCUAUCACACAAGUCAAUUCUAGUCGAUUUGGGAAAGGAGGAGGAGAAGAGAUCAUUGAUCUUGUUUGCUCCAGAUUAUUGUUGUUUGCGUUAAUCGAAUCCUAAUUCUUGUUUUUUUGUUUUCCCGUUCAAUUUGGUUGAGUUUUGUUGCUUGAUUUUGAGGAUCGUUUAUCUGGUCAAAUCCCCAAACGAAACGUUAUUGUUCUGUGUUAAAUCUUAUCCGCAUCUUAGUUUGAAGUUUUGGUUCAGUUUAAUUGGUACUAGGGUUUGUUUGCUGUAAGAUUUUGAUUUUGACGAUACCGGUUAGAACUAAAUCGAUCGUUUGAAAUACUUGUUCAGGUUCACUUUUGUGUGUGUAUAAGUAUAUAUAUACAUACAUAUAUAAGUGUAUCUGUUUUCAAAUUAAAUCCUUAAGUUUUCGAGAACUUGAUAUUUCGACCUGUUAAGUUUUCGAUUUGAGAUUUGAGUUGUUGGAUAUAGAAAUGGCUGGAGGUGGAAAUAGGAAGGAUGAUUCAAUAGCGAUUAGCAGCUCGAAUGUUUUUGCUGCUCUUGGAAGCUUGAAGAAGAAGAAGAAGUCGGAUAAAGAGCAGGGUUCUUCGAGGAAGGGUGGUAGUUCGAAGAAGGGGAUGGAUAAGGAGGGAGAGGAGGAGCAGGUUUUCUGGGCUCCGGCACCAUUAACGGUGAAGUCAUGGGCAGAUGUGGAUGAUGAAGAUGAUGAUGAUUACUAUGCAACCACUGCUCCUCCGCCGUCUGUUUGGGGAGCUGGUGGCGGAGACCAGCAAGAUAAGGUGAAGGGAUAUGAGACUCCGGUGGAGGAAAGUGAAAGUGAAGAAGAAGGUCUUGAUGAAAUUGAUGAUGAUAACGAUGAUGAAAAUGAUCAUGAACCAGAAGUAUCAGAAGAAAAGAAGGUGGCUGUCGAAAAGCCUGCUGAAGUGUUGCCUCCUAAGGACGCAGACAGGCAGCUUUCGAAGAAGGAACUGAAGAAAAAGGAGCUUGCUGAACUUGAAGCAGUGCUUGCAGAAUUGGGUUUGAACGAGAGCAAUAGCCAAGAAGACACUCGAGGUGCUGCACCAGAGAAGGUAGAGAAUCAAAACGGAGAUCCGGAGAAGAAAGACAAAACCGUUGCAGGUGGUGAGAGCAAAACUGCUAAAAAGAAGAAGAAGAAGGAGAAGUCUUCUAAAGAUGCCAAAGAACAACAAAAACUCUCGAAUGAACAAGAAACUGGGAAUUCAUCUGAAGCUGCUGGAUCAGAAAAGGCUGAAGAGUUGUCUGAACUUGACGUCAAAGAGAAGAUCAAGAAAAUGGCUUCAAUGAAAAAGAAGAAAUCCAGCAAGGAAAUGGAUGCUGCCGCCAGAGCUGCCGCCAGUGAGGCCGCCGCCAGGAGUGCUAGGCUUGCUGCCGCCAAGAAGAAGGAGAAGAACCACUACAACCAACAGCCUGUUCGGUAAGGUUCUGAACAGAUUAUGAUAUAUGCUGUGAAAUGCACAAUAAACCUCCGUAUCUUGGUUCCAUUUUGAGAUCGCAUCUUCACAUAGCAACGACAUUUACAGUUCACUUUGAAAUUUUACUUCAAAAAGAACUUUUAGGGUUUUUACGGACCUCCCUUUGGGGUUUACAUUAGAACACCCGUGGACGAUAAUCUUGAAUUUUAGUUUCUGUUUUUGCUCAUAUGUUAGUAAACUUUGGAUGGUGAUGAUUUCCUUCAUUUUCUUUUAGUCGGUUAUGUGAAGUGGGGGAGUUUGUGACGGUAUUGGUCGUUAAAUUUCAUCGUUUUGAGUUAUAUUGACUUGAAAUCGAUCUGUUUAAUAGCAUAAUGAUCGUGUUCCAGAAGUCGGUAUUCUUUAUUAAAUGGUGUAUUUAUAGCAGAAUUUGCCAUUUUG